CAUGGCCCAUAUAGCAUGUCCACACAUAUGAGACUGGAGGAGCACCGCAAUUCAGAUCUGCAGAGACAGAGAAACAACGAACCGAACGAAGUAGCCUAUAAAUUCGACGUGAAAUUCAUUAUACUCACCAGAAGCUGUUUGUUUGUGACCAAGACAGGACCUCCAAAGUACAUUAUGAAGUUGGCAAUUUUGGCUCUCACCCUGAGCAUUAUCAUUGGGGACAGUUCUGCUCAUGACAGUUACUCGGGAUCAUGCCCGGACUUUUCCCCCAUGCCAGGAUUUGAUUGGGACAAGUUCAGAGAGGGUCGUUGGUAUGCAAUGGAGAAAUUCGGUACCACCCAAUCCAAGUGUUUUACAUAUGAUUUUGGAGUAGACGAAGAUGGUUUCAAGUUUGUGGAACAAAAUUCAGUUCUCACCGGUCUCAAAAGGUUCUCCAUCGAUAACAAAUACAGAUAUCGUGGUCGAUUGGCAUCGCCCAGCCGAGCCGAGCCGGGUAGAAUGAUUGUCAGAUUCCCUCUGAAUAUUCUGGGUUCGGCCUCGUUCAACGUUAUGGAUACUGAUUACGACAAAUAUGCCUUGUUAUGCACUUGUCAAGCCAAAAGUCUACUUCUGCUGUCAUUUCACCGACGAUCCUGUACCAUUCUCCAAAGAGAACCGAUUCCCGACGCCGAAAUCUCCAAGAAACUCCACGAUCUCCUGAAUGCUAAGGUUGAAGUGUCUGGUGAAUCCGAACUACCAGACCAUGAUUUCGAUCUCGUUGAUCACAGCAACUGCGAUUACUCUGACCGAGAAAAGGGCCUGCAAAUCGACGUGGACAAAAUUCUAGGCCUAGCCGGCGAUGAGAUUGAGGGAGGCAUUGCCAAAGCUGUUGAUGAACUCGGAGGCGGAUUUUUUGGCGAAGGUGAUAGAGAAGAGUUGAAUGGUGACCUGAAUAAAAACCUGCCGCUUAAAGAAGAGGAACCAAGGGUCUAACUAACUCGUAGAUCCAGCACCCACAGUACAUAAUAAUAUCAAUCAAGGAGAGUUCAAAUCCUUCAAUGUUGUGAUUGCCCUAUAAUUGGUCUUUGUUCUACUAAAUUUCACUCUGCUCCUAAUAAAUAAUUCACGAAUAA